UCGGGGCGGCCAUGGCGGAGGAGGAGGAGGAGGCGGCCCGCGGCGGCGUGUCCGGGGCCUCGGUGUCCGGCUUCGUGUUCGGAUCCCUCGCCUUCCAGCUCGCCAACGCCGACUCGGACGCGGAGGGGUUUCUUGUUGGUGAAAUCAAAUCAGAAGCAAAAUAUAGUAUUACUGAUUUUCAGAUGGAUGACAUUGAGGUUGAAAAUACUAUAGAUAUACAGAAACAUAUUCCAUGUUACAGGCUAUUCAGUUUUUACAAUGCUGCUGGUGAAGUGGACAUGACAGCAUUGCAGAAGAUAUUGAUAAAUCAGGAACAGAAUGUUAUUGGUUGGUAUAAGUUCAGACGUAACACAAAUCAGACCAUGACAUUCCGAGAACGUCUCCUUCACAGGACCCUGCAGAAGCAAUUGAAAAACCAACAGCUGGUGUUCUUUCUCCUUACAACCAAGUUAAGCAGAGAGAAUGGCUCCACACACAAUCUGGAGUAUACGCUAUUUAACCCACAAGAAAGUUUUGUUCAGUCCAUACCCAUAUCUGUGACAAAUCUAGGAAUGUCUGAACAGCAAGACUAUAAAGCAUUUUCUGGACCCAGUAGUGCCGAGGGCUAUUGUCGAGCAAUGAAGAAACACAGACACACAUUUUUUGAACAAGAAGGAUCCUUAAAAGAGGUUAAGAGAAUUCAUUGCAUGUAUAAUACACUACAAGAGGAACUGAAGAACACUUGCUUAAACGUACAGGAGAGUGAACGGUCAGUGGAAUGUUUACUUGCUGAUGUACGAGGACUGAGGGAGAAGGUAUCAGAGAAGAAAAGGUUGUGCAGAGUGAUUCAAGACGAGAAAUGGAAGUCUGACAAUACAGAAAAAAACAUAGACUUAGCUGAGGCUUUGAAGAAGGCCUUUCCACACUCAAAUCUUUUACAGUCCACGACAAUUACAAGAAGCGGUCAGGUUCUACCAGUUCAUUGUCACAGUAAAGUUGAUCAAUUGAACUUAAAGGACACUGUCACUCAGGUCUCAUUAAACAAGAUCCACGCAUCAGCUGCGGAGAGGGCGAAUGCCUCUGGGAUCACAUGUAAACGGAAGGCAAAAAACCGCCACGAUCGCCCCAGCUGGAGUAAAAAACGGAAAGCAGUUUGGUCGCGGGCCAGAAGGUCAACAAAUAGAGACAGCGAGGACAGUGAAACUGAAUUGAUGAUCAUGCACACUGAAUCGGAGAAUGAAGAUGAGAUGGAUGAUUACAUAAACGAUGCCGCGUCACCAACAUUUUGAACAUUCCUGGGCUGAAAAUUGUUAAGCCAUUUUUACUCCCAAAAAAAAAACCAAGUGCCAAAUCUUUGUCCGUACAUUUUGAAAAGGAUGCUAUAAUUGAAAAGCAUGCUGCGUUUUGGGGGCAGGGAAGGCAUGAUUGUUGUUUACAUCAUGGUGACUUCAUCUUGUUUGAGAUGUCUGACUUAAUACUGGAGGCAUUAAUAAGAAUUUUAAUGUUUUGCAGAAUCAGUGCAUUGAUGAAAGGUUUGGAAUACAGUACUGUUUUUUCAUGAUUAGUGCCUACAGAGAUUAAAUCUCUCCAGUUCUUAACUUUUGAAGAGUUUUUCUGCUUUUUUGGUCCCCACACUUCAACACCCAGUUGGUGUUGUGCACUCCAAGUAACUAAGAUAAGCCCAUAAAGGUGAUCAUCUGUAGCAGGUAAUUUCUCCAUGUGCAAGCAGUGGAGAGACAAGACAAUAGUAGAAAUUGUUAAAUUUCAUGUUGCAAACCAAGUUAGUUUGAAAAAGUCAACAGAUAUAUGGAAACCUAAUUUAUAUUGUAUGAUAUGAAAUUAUGCUUAUUUGCAAUAAAUAAUGUUAUCUCAGGUUAAUUAAUUAUAAAAAACAGGGCUUUAUUUAAUACUGAUUUGACAAAACCUUUUCAAAGACAGUCAGAAUAACUGCUGAUGUUCAGAAGUUCAUCAACAUUUGGUUCAAAGUGAAACUUGUAAUUCAUCCAAAGGACAUUAACCAAAUAAAGACCGAAACCAAGCCGGAAAGAAUAUGGUUUAAAAAAAAACUAAAUUAAAGGUGUAAUUAGAAGGCACAUUUCAACAGUGAAGACUUUGAGGGAAUUUUAGAGAUUAAAUGUCGAUGGUUGAAGACUUAACCAACAGUGGUAUGGCAAAUGAAAGAUUUGUUUAGGGGGGCACAAUUGUACAGCUGGUAGAGCCGCUUCCUCACAACCGCAGAGAACUAGGUUUGAUUCUGACCUCGGGUGCUGUCUGUGUGAAGUUUGCACUUUCUUCUUGUAACCGCGGGGAUAUAGUCGGAGUGCUCCUGUUUCGUCCCACAUCCCAAAGAUAUGUGGGUUUGUAAGUUAAUAGGCCUCUGUAAAUUGCCCCGUCGUGUGUAGGGAUUGGAUGCAAAAGUGGGAUAACAUAGAACUAAUGUGAAUGGAUGAUGCUGUAUCUAAACUAAAGAGACAAAACUGGAGUGCAAAAUUCUUGGUGAAAGUAUUGGAGUAAGAGAUAAGAAGCACUUAAAGCCAUGAAGGAGUUGGAUACGAGGAUGAUACUUUGUAAAACCAAUGUAUUAUUGCAGCAAUGUCAUUAUGUCAAUGUGCACAGGUGUGAUCAAAGAAUGGGUUCUUGUAUCACGUAAAAUAAUGCAUUAGUUUGAGGCAAUUGAAUUUUAUAGGUGGUGAAAGGAGACACUAAGAGGAAGAAUUUUGGAGUUUUGUUGCAGCCAGCCAAGUCUGAAUGUGACAAAACCAUAAAAUCAAAGAGGCGCAGAUGUGGAAAUUUAAAAUUCAAAUGGAGUCAUAGACUUGUACAGCACAGAAACAGGCCCUUGGGCCCAACUCAUUUUUGCCAAUCAAGAUGCACCAUCUAAAAUGGUCCCAUUUACUCAUGUUUUGCCCACAUUCCUUUUAAACCAUUCCUAUCCAUGUACCUGUCCAAAUGUAUUUUAAAUUUCAUUAUUGUACCAGCCUCAACUACCUCCUGGUGGCACAUUCCAUAUUCCCACUGCCCUCCAGGUGGAAAAGCUGCCCCUCAGGUUCUUAUUAAAUCUUUUCCCUCUCAUCUUAAUAUGCCCUUCUAGCUUUUUGUCUCCCCUAAUCUAGGAAAAAGACUCAGUGUUAACCUAUCUAUCCCCCUCGUGAUUUUAUACACCUCUAUAAGAUCACCCCUCGGCAUCCUGCACUCCAAGCAAUAAAGCAGCCCUAUAACUCAGGCCAAGUCCUGGCAACAUCCUCUUAAACCUUCUCUGCACCCUUUCCAGUGCAAUGACGUAUUUCCUAUUCCAGGAUGACCAAAACUGAACACGUAUGCCAAUUGCGGCCUCUGUUCAGUUCAACUUGUACAUAACGUCCCAAUUUCUACACUCAACUCUCAGAUGAAGGCUAGCAUGCCAAGUCUUUUUCAACAGCCUAUUGACAUGUGAUGUCACUUUCAGGGAACUUAUGCUCCAAGAUCGCUUUCCUCUAGUACACUCCACGUGUGGCCCUACCAUUCACUGAAGGUCUUCACAUACCAAAAUGCAAUACCAUCACUUUCCUGAAUUAAAAUUCAUGAGCCAUUCCUUAUCCCUCUUGCUUAGAUGAUCAAGAUUCCACUAUAAUUCUUGAAAACAUCUUCACUCUCUACAAUAACUUAUUUUAGUGUCAUCAUCACACUUACUGAUCAUGCCUUGUACAUUCUCAUCCACGUCAUUGAUGUAGAUGACAAACAACAAUGGGGCCCAGCUCUGAACGCUAAGGCACACCACUAGGCACAGGCCUUCAGUCUGAAUAAAUAUCUCCCAUUGUCACCCUGUGCUUCCUACCAUGAAGUUAAUUCUGUAUCCGAUCCAACCUUAUAUAGCAGCCUGCCAAGCAGAACCUUAUCAAAAAGACCAUACUGAAAUCCAUUCCGAUUCUGUUAGCGGCCCUGCUCUGUUCAGCCUCCUUGGAUGGUUCUUCAAAACAUUCAAAUCAAAUUUGUGAGACAAUCUCCCAUGUACAAAACCUACCACAGAUGUUAAGUUCUUCUAUAUAGCCCUUAAAGAGAAGCACAACAUUAACUGUUGAGGUUCUGGCACCUCAGCUAUGACUGAUGAUUCAUUUAUCUCAGUCAGGUCUCCUGCAAUUUUUAUUCUAGAACCUCUGUUACCUUCGAUAUAUAUGAUAAGGCCUGGAAGAAUAAUCCACCUUCAUAUCCCUUUGGUCAUAAACACUUCGCUAUUAGCUUUCCCAAGUUUCCUGAUUAGUCCCCCUGGCCCUUGCCUUUCAUCCCACCAGCCUCUGCAUCCAACACAUCAUUUUCUGACAUUUCUGCUACCUUCAACGUGAUCCCACUAGUCGCAUCUUCCCAUCCCUUUCCAGUGACCGUUUCCUCCACUACUCCUUGGUUCACUCAUCCCAACCCAUUCAAACCACCCCCUCUGCAGUUACUUUCCCCUGCAACUGCAGGAUAUGUAACAGCUGUCCCCGUAUCUAUCCAGGGGCUCCAGCUGUCUUUCCAUGGUGAGGCAGUUUCAUGUGCACUUCCACCAAGUUCGUCUACUGUAUUCAGUGUUACUGAUGUGGCUUAUUUUACAGUGCAAAACUAAGCAUAGUCCAGGCAACUGUCCACCAAGACGGUGCUGGCUCGAAGGGCCGAAUGGCCUAUUCCUGCACCUAUUGUCUAUUGGCCAAGACCUACUCCAUCUGGUAGAUUUGCAUCAACUCCAUCACAAACCAAACACAAAGGCAAUUUACAAUGCCAAUUAAUCCCUGUGGUCAUUGGGAGAGUGUGCAAACACAACAUGUACAGGUUGAACUCUUGCUACUAGCUCUGCCAACCUUCAAACAUUCCUUAAAACUCACUUAAUUGUCUGUUGUGAUUCUUUAUGGAUGAUGAGCUAACCCCAAUUGGUCCCCAACUAUGCAAAAAAUGUGAAAAGAUAAAAUCAAAAUAAUCGCAGGUUCACAUUGGGCUUUCCAACAACCCUAUUUGUUUGCCCUGUUCCUCAAGUGAAAUGUAUAAUAUGCCGUUGAUGUGCCUUCCUGUAAAUGUUGAAAAAACUUAAUGCAAAAAACCAAGUGCACAAUCUUCACAAAAAUUAAACAUUUAUAUUCUUAUUUGUA